UGGCCAUUGCAUAUAAAUGGGUCACAGAGUGCGAGCAGACGAUGUUUAUUUUCACUUAACUGUUACUGCGGCCAUGUUUCACGUUUGGACACCUGAGCAAAAUAUUUUCCAUAAUGAAACCUACAUCAAGCAGAGCAUGUGAGAAAAGACGGCAAAGAAAAGAAUCCACCUCCACUGUGGAGAAAGAUGAGUUUACUCAAGUCUCAGCAUUUGUUUCAUCUGGUCUUCCCCAAUCGCAUCCAGUUGGUGCAUUGUGGGUUCCUCUCAGUAACCUCAACCCAUACAUCACUUGUGGCAUUUGCAAGGGAUAUCUCUAUGAGGCUUCUACGAUAACUGAAUGCAUGCACACUUAUUGCAAAAGCUGUAUUGUGAAGCAUUGUGAAAGAAGUGUAAACUGUCCAUUGUGCAAAAUUAUUAUUCAUCCUACUGACCCAUUUGUUAAUAUCAAGUUAGACAGAACAUUACAGGACAUUGUCUACAAACUUCUUCCACAUGUCGCAGAAGAAGAACAGAGCAGAGAAGACAAAUUCUAUGAAGAACAUCCUCGUGAUGUAAGAGAAACAUUACAAGUGGCAGUUCGAAAAACUCCUAACAAGUCCAAGGUGUUGGAUGAUGACUUUAUUGUGCCCGUGUCUUUGAUCCUAGAAAACAAAGGAUGGGCACCUGAAAUCCCAAUGAAGAGUCUGGAUAAGAAUUAUGUUCGGGUAAUGGGUGGAGCUACAAUUGAUCACAUAGCCAUGUUUCUUAUGAAGAAGCUUCACCUGAGAGAUACUGUUGAUCAGGUACAGUCUGUCCAGGUUGAUAUCUAUUGUUCCUGUGGGUCGGGAUCAAUCUGCCUGGAUGGUACACGGACGCUGCAAGCAGUCAAGCAGCUGUAUUGUCAAGAACAGGAAUUUCUUCUGUUGCAGUAUCUUGUAAGAGUGUCUUGAAAACCAGAAAUAACGUGAUUAACAUCAAUAUAUAAUAGUAUUAUUUGUUCAUGCUGUUUAGGGUAUCAAGAACUCACUUGAAAAGGUGUCAUAAGUUAUUUUGACAGUCAUUUUCUUUAUUCAUCUGUGUGAUAUAUUUAUUUUGUUAUUGAGGGUUUGUCUGUUGAUGGGUUGAGACUCAUGUACUUGGUUUGGUAAAAUGUACAUCUAUAACCAGGAUGUACAAAAUAUAAAAGCUGCUGUUUAGUAUGUUAUUAUAUUUACAUUAUGAUAAUGUUAGUUUCAGAGCUCACAGUGUAAAAACUAAGCUGUUUUUAUUAAUAUGUAUUACUGACAAGGAUUAGACCAAUUUAUAUUAUCUUAUAAAUCUUCAGUAUGUUUUACUUUUAUAUUUACAUACAGCAACAUUCUUAUCUGUUUACAUUGUACUGAUGUAAUUGCUUGCUUCCAUAUGACAUUUAUAUCCCAAAACCAGGGCUAGCUGUACCACUCGCUAAAUUCAACAAUUGUGAAUUUUAAACACAAGUGGUAAAUUUUAAUUUAAUUCGGCAAAAUAAUUUCAUGUUAUGAUUGAUAUUUUGUUGAGUAUAACGGUGGGUUUUUUGCAAUUUUUGAAAUUUAAUAGAUAACUUGAUGAAAGUUUUUGCACACCUAGAGCUAGCCCUAAAUAAUAUUACUGUAAACACCCGUAAGGUCCAAAACACUCUGAAGCUGGUCUGGUCAUGUUUGAUUUAGUGGGGUUUUUUUCAACUACAGGGCCGUACCAUGAUCAAAAUCCUAGUGGGUGGAGGCACUACUUUUUAUAAACAAAUGAAACACUAUACAAAUUAAACCCUGAGAUGUGUAUGCUAUUUUCUGGUGUUAAGAAAAAGUGAGAUUCUCAGGGGGGCAACUGCCCCCCGGAGGGUACGGUCCUGAACUAGUGUUUGAGCCUAAAUCAAGCAUGGUAGUCAGUUAAUGCCAUAACAAAAAUUUAGCAAAAAACCCCAAAAACAUUAUUAACAUUAUAAAGGUGUAUUAUAAAAAAUAAUACACAUAUUUUUACAGAUACAUGUAGUUGAUAAAAAUGGCUUUUGUGUUAGUUAGUCGUAAACCUGACGUUACAACAUAGAUUUCACUAAUCAUGUGAAAAGAAUUGUCAGAAUUGCAUCUUUGAACUAAUACUGUUUCAAAAUGAUAACCAAAUUUUGCUAAUAAUAUAUUGAUGAAAAGAAAUAAUGGAACAUAUAAAUAGUAACAGCAAAUAUUAACUGCAACCAAGAACAUCAUCCACAGUGUCAAUCUCAGAAAUCAUGUUUCCCAUUAUUUCUUUCAGUCAGAAAAUUAUUAUUAUAGAAGUCAAAAUUUCAAAACAGUGCAUGGAAGUAUGCUAAUUUUCAUGUUUAUAGAUACAAUAUAUAACAUUUUAAUGGUCUUCUUCCUGUGGAAACAUUAAUCCAGAUAAUUUGCUCACAUUGUUUUGUAUUUUGACCAUGUGUAUGGUGUAAGCGAAUAAAGAAUUUGAAACAGUGACAGUAUUAUUAGCCAGUGUGUCUCCCUCUGUUGUUAAAGGGACUGUCCUGAGUUUGUAGCCAUUAUGAUUUGCAAUAUAGCCUUUUUGUUAAGUAAAAUUACAGUGUCUGUGUAUUCAUUGUGUUUGUGGUUAUGUAUUAAUGUUUGUAGCAGUCACAUGCCAUUUUACUUUGUGAUAUAUAUUUUUUCAUACAUACAAAAUUAUUUGAAGGUAAAGUCCAUUUUGGACUACUACAAACAUUAAGAUGACAAUAGACACCUUGUUUAUACAGACACUGAUAUUCUAGACAAUAGAGAUUUUUUUUAGAGGUGUCAUUUUAUUUAUUAAAAUGCUCCGUUAGUCAUAAACACUUUACAGUGACAGGAAACUCAGAACAGUCCCUGUAAUAGCUGCAAGGUGCAGGUGAUUAGCCAUGAAUGAUGAGUUGUCGGUGAUGAUUUUGUUUAUGACAAUAAUAAUGACACAAAAUUAUCUUUGACAUAAAAUGGAAAUUUGACUUCAUUUCAGAUAGAAAUUGUAGACAAGACCUUAAUUAUGAAUAAUGACUAAUUUAAAUGUUUUAAGAGAUUACGACAUUGUGUAUUAUUGGUAUUGUAUUCCAGUUGUCUGUGAUUUCAUUUAUAGUAUAUGAAUGCUUUAUUUGUUAUAUAAUAUUAUAUAUUAUAUCAUAUUGUUUUUACAUUUCUUGUUGUUAUUAUAUAUUUAUUAUUUAGGACAUUAUUGCUUAUUGCUCAGAAAAAAAUGGCACUUGUUAAAUAUAGUUGCUUGUAACAUUGUUGUCCAGAUGUCUUUCCACUUUUGUUUGUUAAAUGUUGAUGUUCAGUUUGUCUGAGUGCAUGAUACUUUUUGAUAGGAUAUCCUUUUAAGUACUUGUAUUUAAAGUUUAGAAGCAAGACAAUUGACAAUUGACAAGACAAUUGACCUGUUUUAUAUACAUAUACAUACAUACAUAUAAUAGGAAUACAUCUUAGCGAGUACCUAUUAUGCUUUAUUUGCAUUGCUUAACUUUCAAGUGUUUGAAGUGUGGUUAUUAAAUUAGUAUGCUGUUUUCCAGCAGAAUAACUUUUUUGAGACUUUGAAUUGAAUAAAUAAAGUGUGUGUCAGUUCAUUUUCUAUAGGCAGACAUAUAUCUUUAAACUGUUCAAUUGUACAUUGUAUUUGUUCAGACUUCACAGUGACUGUUUUUUUUAUCAGUAAUUGCUCCACUGACUUUGAUUAUGGGGAACCAUUUAAGAUCUUACCAUAUCGCUAUUGAGCAGUGAUAUUUAAUGCUUUUGUAGUACUGUUUAAAAACAAAAUAAGAGGAUCUAAAAAUUACUCUGCAGUCCCAGUGGAAUAAUGAGAAGCAAAAGUGAUGGUGAUACUUCACCUUACACACCGAAAUCCCACAACUAAUUCAUUCUCAUCUCACUCCUAGGUUUUUUUUUUUUUUAUUUUUUUUUUAUGACAUGCUGAUUUACUGUUAUAUACAUGUAUACCUCUGAUUCAUACAGGACUAGGAGUAAGUAAAUGAGAAAUCUGAUACUAUGAUAUUCAUGGUUGUAUGGUGAUUUUUACAUUCAUUUUUGAAAUCUGAUAAACUUAACCCAAGCUAAGUCUUUAGACCACAACAAGCUAUUUCAUUAAAGUCGUGAGUUCAGACUUGUUGAAGUUUUAUAAACAUGGGGCGAAACAUACUUACUUGUGGAAGAAAGCUCCUGUACACCAAAUAGAAUGGUUUUAAACCAGUUUUAAACUUUGUCAAUUGUUGAAAUUUGUGACACAUGUGGACACACCAUAAUUUUGUAAAUCAUCUCCUAAUGUUUAUGAAUGACCAAUGAUAUUUUGACAGUGAUUUGAUUUUUCCAUUAUCAUUAAACGUAUACUUUGUACAAUACUUGAACAGAAACCUUUUGCCAAGAGUAUAAUAUUUCAAAAUUUCACUUUAGCAGAGAGAAAGUAUGACUGUUCAACACAAAGUUACAGUUUAUCUUGAACUGUUCAACACAAAGUUACAGUUUAUCUUGAAAAUGUCUACAUAGCUUUGUAUUUCUAAUUGUUGGUAAGCCUUGAAAUUAUGUUGACCUUUUAUAAUAACUGUUUAAAAUGUUUUCCUUUUUUGUAUUUUUUUCAAAUAAUAGAUUGAAAAACUUAAUAUCAGGGCCCUGCCGUAAAAUAAGAGGGAGGGAUGGGUGAAAAUGAAAUCAAGGCGCAGUAAUAUAUUGUAUUUUUAAGCUAGACAAAAAUGGCACCUUUUCAUAUUUUCUGCCCCAACUAGUUUUUGCUCUGAUUAACAUUUAAUCCAGUCCAAUUCUUUUUAGCAAAAAUUCAAGCAUGCAUGAUAUGUACACAAGUUUCUAGUUGCCACAGGAUCAGCUCCAGAUAUAUCAACAAUAGUUCAAAUAAUUGUGCAGUGUUAUAGUAGUGUGUGUGAUAAGGUGGUGUGUUACAAACACUAGUGUUAGUUUAUAUCACCACAUCUUUUACAACAAACUUCCAUUGUGAUAUAUUACCGUAAUAAAAUUUUAAAGUUUGUUAUAAUUUAUAACGAUACAGAUAUUGAAACAAUAUUACACUGGUAACACUGAAAACAUAAUCAUUAUGGCAAUGCCAUAAUUUAUGGUAAAAGAAAGGUAAAGAAGAUUAUAAUCUAUUAUGGAAUUUAUUUUGUGAAACUUAUUUUUUAAAACAGUUUUAGAGAUUUGUUAUUUUGUUUGGUACAUGUACCAUAAUCUGUAUAUUAAAAAAAAUAAUAGUUUAGGGUAAAAUAUUAUUAUGCUCCAUUUUUUUUUUUUGUUCUUAUUAAUUAUGGACUAUUGCUUGUUUUUGUUAUUGUGUAUAAACUUUAUUGUAUUGACCUGGCAUACUGGAUAUGAAGUUUGAGAUGAAUAUGUUUAGUUGUAUAAAUGUGUUUAUACUAUGUUAUUUUUUUUGUGUGCGUGCCGCUAAGACUGCUGUUGAGUAUGGUACAGUUUCUAGUCAAUUGGGUUGAACUGUAUGCUGUUGGACUUCUUAUUGUUUCAGCCUCACAUAUAUAAACAGUAUCUGUGA